UCUCCUCAGACUGACGAUGGCUGAAGCUCAGCUGUUUGUAUCACAGGACGAGUUCAACUGCUCGGUGUGUCAGGACAUCCUGAAUGACCCAGUGUCACUGCAUUGUGGUCACAGUUUCUGUCUGAAUUGCCUCAAGGACUACUGGGAUCAGAGCCAAGAGUGCAGAUGUCCUCAGUGCAGACACAUCUUCAUGCUGAGACCUGAACUGCACAUAAACACUCUGCUGAAUGAAGUCAUCAAGAAAUUAAAGAAGACGGCACUCAGUUCUUCUCAUCCUCCUCCAUCUCAGAAUUAUGCUGGCCCUGGAGAAGUGGAGUGUGACAUCUGUGCUGGGAAGAAGUUCAGAGCGGUGAAGUCCUGUCUGACCUGCAUGGCCUCCUACUGUCAGACUCACCUGCAGCCUCACUAUGAAGGAGAUGCCCUGAAACACCACAAGCUGGUCGAUCCUGAUGGAAAUCUAAAGGAGAAACUCUGUGAGAAACAUCAGAAAAGUCUGGAGUUAUUUUGUAACUGGUUAUUAGAUCAUGCUGCUCCAGCCAGCCAGCCAGCCAGAGAAUCCACCACCAGCCCGCCCCUCUCCUCCCUGUGCGGCAAGCAGCAGGCGCACCUCACAAAUGGAGGGCGCCCUUACUCCCCGCAAAUGGGAAGUAGAAAACUGAUCGGUGCCCAUGCAAUCCCAAAAAUGCACUGGCAUGAUGCCGGGGCAGCAUGA